AUGUUUACAACAAUUACAAACAUUGAAAGUGCAACACACUCACUUUCUAAAACUGCAAUGAAGGUCAACAUUGUGGAUUGGCAUGGAGUGUCAACGUGGCAUUGGAAACUUGCACCAGAAGGUAGUGGGUAUGUAGAUGAACUCUGUGGGAUUUGUCGUGUCCCGUUCGAUGGAACAUGUCCAAAUUGUAAAUAUCCUGGAGAUGAAUGUCCCCUUGUUCUUGGCCGUGGAUGCACCCACAACUUCCACGUGCAUUGUAUCCUCAAAUGGCUUGAACAGGAAGCAUCCAAGGGCUUGUGUCCUAUGUGUCGUCAAGUUUUCACCCAUAGUGUUGAAGAAAACCCACGUACUGAAGAUUUUGAGAACUUGCAACAGUUGGAGAAUGGCCAUCGUUUGUUGAGAGAACGAGGUGAAGAUGUGUAUGAUGAGUGA